CUCGUUUUGCUUUUACUUUUCCCCUUUGUGAUUGUGAUCAAACCCAUCUUUAAGUUUAACUUGAACUUUUGACUCUUACAACCCCUUUUUGAUUUCAUUCUUCUUGCCUUUGAAUCGUCUAUCCUUUUUUCUCUUCUCUUGAUUACGUUCUCGAUUUAGCUAUAAUAUAAUUGAUUUACGAUCUCAUCUUCAUCUUCAGAUUGAUUUCUUUAUUUUGAUCAUUCAUCAAGCGAUUCACCAAUCUCAAUGAAUACUCAUAUUACCGCUACCACUACUAUGUCCAGUAGUGCUAAUUCCAUGACUGCUACUACUACAACGCAACUUCAUCCUACUAUCAAUCUUGAACCUAUCACUAUCAAUUUGAAUACAUCAUCUGAAAGUGAGAAUGAAAGCAUAAAUGAAUCGUCAAGUGCUAGUCCAGUUCGAUCGUUCAUAAUUCAUUCAAGACCUUCACUUUCAUCAGUUUAUUAUAAUUCAAAUUGCAGUGCUGAUGAAGAUGAUUUGAUAGCAAGAACUUCAAUCUCAACUCAAAACUUAGAAAUGAAUCAAGUGGAAAAAGAUGGAACAAGAACGUCAAACGAAUUCACAUUAGAAUCAAAUCAAAACGAUGGUCAAGAGGUCUUAUUGACUGAUGAACUCACAACACCUCGUCAUCUUCAAACUGAAUUUAUACAUCCACUUCAUUUGGAUUCAUCAAAAAAUCAAUCAUCAACUUCAAACUUGAUUCUUUCAUCAUUAAAAUCUAAUAAGAAUUCAAUCAAUGAUAGACAACAGCAGCAGCAAAAUCAGCAAAACUUGAAUCGUCCAUCUCCACCUCGCAUACAAACUCCCGACCUUGGAAUCCCAUUCUCAAGUCAAAAUCUCAAAUCUACCCUUGAACAUCCAAAUCAUCAUAAUGUUCAAUCAAAUUCCAAUUCAAAUCAUCAUCAUCAUCCUCAAACUAUCAAUACUACUACCCCAAAGAAUACUACUGUCGUUCAUAACAAUCUCAUUUCUUCAACUUCCCCCAAGAUCUCAUUCAAUCCUACCAAACUAUCAAAUCAAAUCUCAUCACUUCAUCAUUCCAUAUCAUCCAAUCAAUCUACAUCCAUCAAAACAUCAUCCAUCUCGACAGUAUCCAUGCAUGACCAAGCGAAGCCAUCUACUUCUUCAAUUCCUGCGGACCAUCAAACUUCAAUCUCAGCUCGAGCUACAAACAACGUUAACUCUUUUCCUCGGACUUUGAACAAACUUGAACCUACUCAAUCCUCUACGAUCUCUAAGCAGAACCCACCCAACUCAUCUUCAUCCCAACCUAAACUCAGCUCACUACCAUCUCCUAUUAACUUAUCACAAUCAACUGCAAUCUCCUCUCAGCCAUUCCCUUCAACUCAUCCCUCAAAUCAACUCAAGCCUAAUCUCACUUCAGAUUCAUCGCAGAUCACCCCUCAACACUCUCUUGAACAUCUCGAACAUCCCGAACACUCCGAAUCUCCUCUCGCUUCUUCUCCUCGUGACGACCCUCCUCACUCGCCCGUGACCUCUAUCAUGACUCCUGCUCAGAAAAUCGCUCGAGAAGUUCGGCGCUCUUUUUCACUUGCUGCAUCACCACCUGCACUGCAUCAUACCUCACAGAACUCACACAUUGAACGAAAUAAUAACAUAUCAUCAUCUCUUCCUCAGCCCAUCGAUCCUGCUUCAAUCUCACCAUCUGAACCUUCUCUGCUUGACCCUUCAAAUCACAGUCUCACACCCGCGCAAGCUGUAGCGCAUCAAGCCCGCCUCAUGUCUACUACCCUCACCAAUGUCACUGAAUCUGUAACUGCUUCUACUUCAAGCAUUCCUGUCACUCAAGCCACAUCCAACUCGAACAUCGCUUCUACAUCCAACCUUUCAUCCGAACUCACCGCGUCUUUCUGUAAACUCAAACUCAAAAAGGCAUUGACACCCUCGAAACCGGACUUGAAAGUCUCCCUGACCAAGUCUGACUCUCCCAACACCAUUACUCCUGAACCUGCUUUCCGAGUGAUCUCUGGUCGCAAAGGCCACCCUGGAGAUGGAAAGGAUCAGACAGCAAUUGUGCGGCCGCUCGAUACUGGUCCCAAUGCUGAAAAGAUUACCGAACCCAAAGCUGUCAAAGCCUGCCCGAGUGUCUCAUCUAAGCUGCCAUUGCACACUUCGGGGUCUCAUCCACCAGCUCCAACCAGUCCCAAGGCCACUACAUUUCUCACCUCUCCACGACUACUCCCAUCUGUUCAAGUCGUCGAGCCCAGUCCUUCGCCCGUAAGACCUGGUUCAACAAGUCUCGCCCCCUCUCCCGUCUCACCAACGCCUCUUGCGCCUCUUGUACUUACCCCUGCCGACAACCCCCCUCUGAUCCCACUGGCCGUAUUUCCGACUUAUAACGAAGAAGAAGAAGAUUCAGGCUCAGUAGAUUUUACAGAUCCAGAAGCUGAGAUAACAGAGGAAGAGGAAGAAGAAAGUGAGGAAGAAGAAGAUUACGAUUCAAAUCCGCUUUACAUUGUCCUCUCGACAUCCCUUUCACCUAGACUCAAAGACGCUUAUGACUCGGCAAAAUUGGUGUUACUACCAACUCGACGUGCUUUACCUCUUGAUAUGCCCCGCAAGUUACCCGAUCCAAAUAUCGAGUUUGAAUCUGAAUGGGAACAAUGGAUUGCUGCACAUACCUUUGUUGCUGCUGGACCUGAUACCGCUUCCUCGGGCUCUAAAGAAUCUGGAAAGGGUGGUGUUGAAUGGGUCGGUAUAUCUAAAUCAGAAGACCGGAGAGUCCACCUCUCCCUGAAGCCAGGAACAGGCAUCGCCGAGGUUCGACUCAUCAUGUCACGGCCUGGUCCCUCCUCAUCCACCACCACCACCACUCCUGCCGUCCUUUCAAUCAACAAGCCCAUUGUGACACCUCACAGAACUGACGCGAGCACUGAGUCCGAUUUGACACCGGCUCUGCGGACUGCGCCCGAGUUUGAUCCUCAACGCACCAUACGCGCCAAAGAACCUCAUAACCUCCCCGAUCCGAUACCAGUGUCCAACAGGUUCUCUAACAUCUCCACAGUAACGUCUGACUUGACCAAUACGACAAGUUGUUCAUCAUCGUCAGCUGCGCGUUCCAACCUCCUUCGUUCACCUUCCGCUGCUACCGACACCUCCUUGCCAUUUACCCAGUCUUCUUCUGGAGUUUCUCGUGCUUCCUCUGAAGGAUGGUCUGAUAUGCCUACUACACCCCCCAUCAAUCCCGACCUCAUCGUUGGCAAAUCAGAUCAGCUCAUGGGCUCACAAGUUGAGACCGUCAUCAACGUUCAAUAUGCUAAAAUCAUCUCUGAAGAAACUAUGUAUCGCUCACCCCCGCGGCGUGUCCCAAGCCCAGCGGUCGCAUUGGAAUCAGCUCUUUCAGGUUCAAAAGCUAAAAAGGGCAAGGAAGUAGAACAGCGGCUAAGGUUUAAAGCACCCAAGUGGUUAAGGCCAGGUGCAGCACAAAAAGAAAAGGAACGUGAACGUGAACGCCGCGAGAACGCGUUGGCUUUGGCAAGAGAGCGUGAACGUGAACGACUGAGACUCCUCGAGGGCGAAGGUGGAGGUGGAUUAGAGCGGGUACGAUUGAUCAGCUUGAAAGGACCUGUGAUCGAGAGAUGGUGGCAAUCGCCGGUAUCACAAUCUAUUGACAGCGUGACGGAGACUGAAGCUGAGAAUGGAAAUACGGAGGAGAUCAAGACGGAUGCCAUCGGGACUUUCGAUUCUGAGACAUGGAUCAAGCUCAACACGGACUCGAAGUUUACUCGCUGAUUUGUGCUUUCUGCUGAGUCCGCCAGAUGAAUUCGGCGAAGUGAGCGGAAUUUUGAAACGGUAUGUUGGAAAGAUGUGGGCGAUAUCCAAAGCGUUCAAUGAGUCGAUUGGUUAUCUGAAAGGAUGUGAGAAUCAUCUUUUGGCGCAAUUGAAGCAAGAUCUCUUUCUACCAGUCUCUCAGGGAAUGAAAGAUGACCUCAGACAAUAUGGUAAUGAGACCGUGGUCAAGUGGGUCAAUGAGGAUUGGGAUCGAUUUGGAAGUUUGAUAGAAAAUGUGUUGAUGGCUUUCUUGCACCCAAGUCUAUAUACAAAAGGCGUCGCAAGUCACUUUGCAGGAGAAGACGAUUAUCUGGAUACAAUUUUACACAAUUACAGGAAACGUGAGAUUCCGUUGAGUGAAUUUGCUAUCGAGGUGCCAAUGAGGUUACAAGAUGAAAGUAUCCUAUCAGAGGCGAUUGAGAAACUUAAUCAACUUAGACCAUCAGAAGGUGUCACCUCCUCGCCUUCACCACUUUCACCUGAAGUACUUCAACGGCUCUUCGUAGCCAUGGACACCUCUGAAGAACAAACUGUGUUGGGAGUAUUGAUGGCCAAAACCCCAUUGGAAUCUAUUGGGAUCAUGAAACAGACGAUCGAUUGUCUUGUGACGGCUUGGACUGAACAUGCUACUAAAGCUGGUGUUGAUGAGGAAGCCCGUCGUUUGACUCCCGACGAUCUAUUGACGCUUCUGGCGUGUGUGAUCGUCCGCUCUGGUGUUGAACAGCAGCAUUCAUUGAUCCAUUAUGCUAAAGUGUUCAGACUUGGUGCUCCACUCACGCCUGAGAUUGAUUGGGCGUUUGUGAGUUACCAGGCAGCGAUCGCUUAUCUUCAAAGUGACCCGUUCUCAGCUGUCGAUUCGCGCUCCGUAAAUUCACAAGCGGUGAGCGUGAACUCAAUGCCGAGUUCACCGUCUCUUGGUCCAGGUUGGACUCGUCGACGACCUGCGUCAUUCACUCCACGCACACGACCUAUUCCCACUCACGGUCAUUCGAGUGGCGUUUCUACCACUCUUUCAUCUCCAUCAGCUUCAUCGAUCCGGCUAUCUUCCUCGAUCGACCAGUCUUCUGUGAUCUCUAGCCGCGUCUUGCCGCGUCAUCGUUCCCGACCAAUGGGUACUUCCGUUGGCACUGUCACUCGGGUAUCUGAAGCACCACGGCAUUUGGCAGGAAAAGUCCCACCGACGCGACCAGCUCUUGCACCCAUCAGUACAACUGAUCGAUGUACUCGACGUUCUCUUGACUUGGGCAUGCUAUCAGCUCCAAUGGGCAGUGGUGAGAGCCGAGCAUGUUCGGUUGGUUGGGAAUCAUUACGAUCGUUGACUUCGAUUGGAGAGACUGACCCACCUACAGUUCGAGGUGGACCAAGUAGAUCAUUUCAUUUUCCAUAUUCUGGACCUGAUGUUCAUCCUUUGAGUCUUGAAAGAAGAAACACGUCAGAUUGGAGUGACACAGGAGGAGGAGCAGGAGCGAACCGAGAAGGAUGGUUAGAGUGGGGUAGAAAACGAUUGACGAGUGUGACUAGUUUACAAAUGAUGGGAGCAGGAAAUGGAGUGACGAAUGGAAAUGGUUUGAAUGGAACCAAUGGAUCAUUAACACCUGCAAUGGCAGCUUUAACUCGUGCUAAAGCUCAAUCUACAAAUGAAGAAGAAGAAACACAAGAAGAAAAAGAAGUGGGUUUAAGAGUUAGACCUAAAUCAUUGAUGAGUCUUAGUAGUCUUUCUACUACUGCUACUGCUACUACUACCAGUUAGCUAGAGUGAAAGUGUCUUUUUUUGUUUUGAUCUCUUCAAACAGUCUUUUCUUUUGUGAUUCCUUUUUUCUCAUCAGUCAUACCUGUUUAUUUUUCUGUUUUUAUUUUUCUAUUAAAUCUUUUUUUUUACAAAAACUUCUUUCUCUAAGGUGUGAUGAAUUGCUUGUGAUUUGAUAUCGUCUCUCUCUCUUUCCCUCUCUCUCUCUUUCUCUCUCUCUUUCUCUUAUUCUCCUCUCAUUGGUUCAAUUUUUUUCUUUAGUUCUUCAAAAAUUUUAUAUUGCAUUUCAGUCAUUUGUAGUUUUCUUUAUAUAUAUAUAUAUAUUUUCUUGGAUGUUUUUGUUUUAGACUUGUUGAAUUGUAGGUAUGGGAUGAAUUUUAAAAUUGGUUUCAAAAAUAAAAAAAAUGGUGUUUAUGGAGAGGAUC